CGCCACGAUCUCGGUCGCCGCUACGCGCAGUUCCGACAGCCAGGAGAACCCCAACUCGCUGCCCCGACUCUCCUAGGGCUGCGGGCCCGGGAGACGGCAGGGCUACCCAUUUUCCCUGGAUUCCACGCGCGCACGGUGACCCGCGGGGAAGCGGCCAAGUUCGCCAGCCCUGGGCCGUGAGGCCGUGGCUCGCAGUGCACUGUCACGCCAGGCGCGCUCCCAGCCACCGAAGGGCAGCACCCGGUGGCGGCCAGCUCCCGCCAGCCUGCCCUGCCCUGCCCUGCCCUGCUCGCGGUUCCCCAGGCCGCCGCGCCCUGCCGGCACCGCCUCCUCCUGUAAAUACAGUGGCGGCCCGCCCUCCGCGCCCGGACGCGCAGGUGGGAGGGUGCGGUGCGGACCUGCGCCCAGCCCGCUGUCCCUGGUGAGCGCUGCCCAGUCAAGCGCCGACCCCGAGGCCCGCGCCAGGCUCCCGGGACGCGUACGGGCGCAGGCAGGGCGCACGCAGGGCGAAGCCUCAGAGCUGUUGAAACCAUUGGAGGGAAGGAAACACACCUCACCCUUCUCCGGGGAAGGGGCCUCUUCUGGCCAUGUCUCCUGCAGCAGCUGAGCCAGAUGAGGUCCAGCCAGAUAGGCAUGUCAGCAAGCUCAUUUUCUUCCUUUUCGUGUUUGGCGCCAUCCUGUUGUUUGUGGGAGUUCUGCUUUCCAUCUUUGGGUUCCAGGCAUGCCAAUACGAAACCAUCCCAGACUGCAGUAUGGUGCUGAAGGUUGCUGGGCCUGCGUGUGCGGCAGUUGGGCUUGGGGCUGUGAUCCUGGCCCGUUCCCGGGCACUACUUCAUUUCCGGGAGGGACACCUGCGAGGCAACCAGGCAGACCCUGACCGAGCCUUCCUCUGUGGAGAGAGCCGCCAAUUUGCCCAGUGCCUCAUCUUUGGGUUUCUGUUCUUGACCAGUGGCAUGCUCAUCAGCAUACUGGGCAUUUGGGUCCCUGGAUGUGACUCAGACUGGGAGAAGGAACCCCUGAAUGAGACAGACACUGCCAACGAAGAGCCCCAGAUCUGUGGAUUCCUGUCCCUGCAGAUCAUGGGACCCUUAAUUGUGCUCGUGGGCUUGUGUUUCUUCGUGGUUGCCCAUAUUAAGAAGAGAAACAACUUGACUGAGGCCCAGAAUGCCUCUGAAAGUGAAGAGAGACAGACCCAGAACACGGAGCCUGUCCAGGUCACUGUAGGUGAUGCCGUGAUAAUAUUCCCACCCCCUCCACCACCUUACUUUCCGGAGUCUUCAGCGUCUGCACUAACUCGAAGUCCUGAGGCUAGCGGUCUGCUUCCAAAUGAAAAUCCACCUUCAUACUACAGUAUUUUUAACUAUGGCAGGACCCCAACUCCCGAGGGCCAGCGCACAGCCUCUGAGCGAGAGCACGUGUCCAUAUACACUAUUUCCGGGACGACUUCAUCCUCGGAGAUCUCACACGCGCCACAGCUCUCAUCUGAAUUGCCUCCCAGAUACGAAGAAAAGGAACCGACUGCAACCGCAUCGUUGUCUCCCUCUUCUGAGCCUUCCCCACCAUGAACUAUGGACUCCAGUUCAAUUUUUAUAUAGAAUCAGUUUUAUAUAGAAAUUUAUUUAAUUUGUUUUUUUUUAAUAAAAAAAUACAAUAGCGUUGGCUAUGUUCUGAUUUCCCUGGUGAAGCAUCAACAUCAGUAACAAACCUUCACAUCCAUGAGUGGGUCAGAGACCCCACGUAUGUGACAGGGUCAGGGACAGAAAGUUAAAAGGAGGCAUAGCUUCAGCUAAAAAUGGCGUAAGGCACUUCAUCCUUGAAGGUAAGGGCUUCAGAGGGUCGCUGCACGAUGAGAAGAGCAGAUGUUCAGUA